UAUUCAAAAAAGUCGUCAACAAUGAAUCUCGCUUGAAAGAUAUCUAAGUUAAGCAUUAUGUAUGGACUCGUGUUAUGAACUUCCGAUCCCUUCGCGCUUGCACAUCACUGAAUGAGCCCACGGACAAGCAAUGACCGAGGGGAGAAUCAAUCGCAUACGCAUGACUGAGCCCCUGAUCAUAUAUGACAGCCAUGAAACGCACAUACACGCAACAUUGAAGUCAUUAUUUCCCCGCGCUUGCGUCACGAGAAACGGAACGUCGCGCAACGUCCGCAUGUUUCAGUCAUCGUUAUACUUCGUAGACAGCAUGAGCUAUCGAUCUUCACUUCCAGACAGGAUACACAAUGUACGUUACGAGCACGACAUAUAUUACGCUAUACAGUUAUGCCGGUGGAUCCUGCAGUCGAUCGGUAUUUGGCACAUAAUUUACGGUCGUUCGUCGCAAAGUGAGAAGCUCCUUUCGUUAAUGAUGAUCUUGAUGAGUUUCUUCGGUCUGUGCUUUGUGCUUGUACCUGCUGGUUCGUACUUUCUAUUCUACGAUGAGGACAUUGAAAUUAAAAUCAAGUUUUUUGGACCAGUUAGCUUCUGUCUAACUUCCAUGAUCAAAUAUUGCUUCCUCGGAACACGUAUCUCGACGAUCGGAAAAUGUAUCGAACACGUCGAGAAUGAUUGGCGGGUAGUACAAUAUCAGAAUCAUCGUAAAAUGAUGCUGAAGAACGUGCUGAUGGCCCGCAGAAUAACGAUACUGUGCGUGAUUUUUCUUUACGGUGGCGGCUUGUUUUAUCACACGAUCUUGCCAUUGUCUUCUAGAACGAAGAUAAAUGGUAGCUUCACAAAUAGACUGCUGAUGUAUCCGGGAUAUGAUCUCUAUUUGGAUCCUCAAGCAAGUCCCGCUUACGAGAUCAUCUUUGGCAUGCAUUGCCUAUCGGCUAUGAUACAAUAUAGUGCUACAGCAGCAGCGUGCAGUCUUGCUGCAAGCUUUGCGACGCACGCACGCGGACAAGUGCAGAUAUUGGUGACGCUUUUGGAUGAUCUAGUCAAUGGGAAGAGGACUGAAGGUACCAAUAUGGAGAAACGUCUGAGCUUCAUAACGAAGCAUCACGUGCGUGUGCUGAGAUUUACGACUGACGUGGAGAAAAUAUUACGUGAAGUAUGCUUAGUGGAACUGGUGACCGCAACCUUGAUGAUAUGCUUGCUGGAAUAUUUUUUCUUAAUGGAAUGGGAGAGUACUAGCGACGCCGUGGGCAUCAUGUCGUAUAUUUUGUUAUUUGUAGCCUUAACGUUCAACGUUCUAAUAUUUUGUUAUAUUGGCGAACUUCUCGCAGAAGAGUUUGGUAAAAUCGGCUCAGCCGCGUAUGAAGUUAAUUGGUAUGAUUUACCUGGCCAUAAAGCUGUGGAUAUUAUUAUGAUUAUGAUGAAGUCUUAUUAUCCACCCAAGCUUACAGCUGGCAAAUUCUGUGAUUUAUCUCUCAAUACUUUCAGCGUCGUACUUAAAACAUCCGUAGUAUAUUUAAAUUUACUUCGAACAGUUACGCAAUAAAACUUAAACAAUUCUUAUUAUUGUUAGUGGCAGCAAAUUUGUUAUAGAUAUAUUUUUCUCAAAAAAUAUUGUAUAGAAAUCAAUAAUAAAUUGACAUGUCACAUUCAUUAGUUGUCAUUCAAUUAAAAUAGAUAA